AUUUUCACUGUACACGUGCCACGUGUCACAAAUUAGAAACUUAUUAUACAAAUGAUGAUGAUGAUUACUAUGUCCUUUAGACAUUUACCUCUCGAGUGGCAACCUUUUCAACUACUGUAUUACUUAGAUUCUUUGCUUGAAACAUAGUGGACUGUUUAUCUACCUGAAAGUCCAACUGUGCUCGACAAUUUGUAGUCUUGUCUAUAUUUGCUCUUUAUUAUCAUAUGGGUGUUCUAUGUUGCUACUUCCUUCAACAUUCUCUCUGAUUUUUCUCUUGUUCUUUAUUACUAUGCUAUUGAUAGUUUAAUUCCUGUCGUUAUGCAGUAUUUUGUUAGUGUCAAUUCCUUUUUUGUGGGGGGGAGUUAUUAUCUUUAACUAGAAAUUCUCAAUGUUUUGAUUAGCUAUGACUAAAAAGAUUUCAUUUUUGUGUUCAAUGCUGGAUGUUGUGUCCACAUCUUUCAUGUAUUUUUUGUUUGAAGAAUGCUCUGGAUAUCUUGUGCGUCUUAUGGAAUUGGCUGCAUCAAUGUUUUUGAGUGUGUGGAACUGAAUUCUCCUCCAUUUUCCCUUUUCUGAAUCUGCUUAACACCUUCUUCAACUUCCUUUUGCAGUUAAAUAUGGUGCAAAAAAGGCCAUACAGUGAAGAAAAGUUGUAUGAGGUUUCAUCUAAGCAGCCGAGACAUGUAGAACCGAGUAGUCAGCUAGUUUCCUUUUUGCAGUUUCCGUGUGAAUCAGUGGCUCCUAACUCUUACACUUCAGGUGGAGAUAAGGAGAAAUUUUCAGAAGUCAAAGCUUUCAGUGAGAAGAGACCUGAUAGUUGCGAUGUGGCUGCAGUUCCUGUUUCUUCCGAGAAAGCAAUUGAGACGAGCAUUCAUGGCUCUGCUUCAAACUCUUCUUGGACCUCUGGUAGCACCAGCAAAGAAGACAUCAGGUCCGAGGUGCCUUUUCAUGUAUUGACGGCUUCUAAAUAUUACAAUACUGAUCCUUCAUUCAGAGUUGUUAUUCAUCCAAUGGAGGUCUAUUCCCCUCUUUUGAACAAUCCUCCUCGGAAAUCGGUUCCCAUUGGACCAGAUUUCCAAGCCGAAUUACCAGAAUGGGGUGCAUAUGAUUGUAAAAAUAUAUCCAUGAAGGAGAGCACUCAAGAAAGCCCAAAUCUUCCAUCUCAAGCUCUAGAAUCAGGUUUUGUGGAUCAUCAUGAUGAAGAAAAUAAACUUGCUGGGACAUGUAUCAUUCCAAUGCCUAAAUUGGAAUUACCUGCAGACCACGAGGAGAAUGUUGGAGCAGGAAAAAUUGGGUGUUCCUGUGAAGAUGCUGGUUCCUUUGGAUGUGUUCGGCUGCACAUCAUGGAAGCAAGGGAGAAACUUAAGGCGGCCUUGGGUGAGGAAACAUUUGUUAGGUUGGGUGUUUAUGAUAUGGGAGAGAUAGUGGCAGCGAAAUGGAGUGAUGAGGAAGAGGAAUUAUUUCAUGAAGUUGUAUUUUCCAAUCCUGCAGCACUAGGCAAGAAUUUCUGGGAGCACCUUGCUGUUGAAUUUCCUUCACGGAGCAAGAGAGAUCUCGUUAGCUAUUACUUCAAUGUCUUUAUUUUGCGGAAGCGUGCCAAGCAGAAUAGGUUUGACCCAUCAAAUAUAGACAGUGAUAACGAUGAAUGGCAGGAGAUCGAUGACGAUGUUGUUGCUACGGGAGCUCAAAUGACAGAUGAAGAUGAGGAUUCUAUGGUUGAAUCACCAAUAUAUCAAAAUUAUCCUGGUCACAAUGAGAUAUAUGUGACUGAAAAACAAGCAUAUGAUGAAGAAGCUGGUGUUGCAACCUUUGAAGAUUAUCGGACGAUAAACUUUUGCAGGAGGAAGGUCUUGAGUGAUGCGUCAAAAGCAUGUCCCGAUGAAUUGAUUGAUAAUAACAGUAGUUGUGGACACAAUAUUCAGCCUCUAGACAGACAUCAUUCAAAUGAAGUGGGUAACCCUGAUGUCGAAGAUAACUCUUGUACCACUGAUGCAGCUGGGGCUUCUUCAGAAACACCACAGGUAAAAACUGAUGAUUGUAAACACUGGGCAAGUCAUUUUGCUGGUGUUGGCAUUGGCAGUGUGCAUGAUUUUGUGAUGGAGCCAUCUAAUGGUAAAGAGUGGGACACGGGGUACUUAAGCUGUGCUAAGAAUGAAGUUGAUUUGUUACCAACCUGCUCUAUGAUUGAGGAAGUGUUUGGAGACGAAGCCUGGAGUUCCAAGAACAGAGAUGGUCACAGUUUAAGCAGGCAUUGACCUGAAUUUUUGCCGUUCGAUCAUCCUUGUAAUGCUUCUUGCAGAAGUAAGAGUCCAUUUUUACUUGUAUAUUAUUAGUGGUGAAAGGAGAGAGCAUGAUAGAAAUGAAAAUUGAGAUUUUCGACCUUGCUCUUGGUUGUUAGUAGGAAGCUGUUUUGAGGUAGGCGCUUAGGAUUGAUUUAUAUGUAAAGUUAAUUUUAUGGCCGAGUUGAGCCUGUUUCGAGAAAUGGAAAAAGAAUUAAAGAAAUCUUCAUAA